ACCUCAAGGAAAAGCAAAUUAUUCUAAGUGAAAAUAAAUAUAUAGAGACAAAAUUAGCACAUUGGUUAAUUUAUAAUGGAUAGUGUGUGUGGAACGGGAUAUACAACUUCCCAGUUGCGUCAUUGGCUGCAACAGCUUGGUCUUCCAUCAACCGGUACUAAAAACACACUGUUGAUUCGCUUGAACGAAGUACCGGCUGAUAAAAGAGGCGAAUGUCCUAUGGAAGCAGAUGAACCGCCAGGUGAUAAUGAUUGUGUGGAGGUGGAAGAUGAGAGUCGUCCGAAUAAUAAUGAUCGUAAUACCAGUGAAAAUGAGUGUGGAAAGGAAAAUGAUAGAAUGCAACAAAAUGAGGUUAAUGAUAGAGCAGUUACCGGAAACGUUGAAAUGCGUGAUUUUGUGAGUGAUCUGUUGAGAAAAGAACUGGAUUUAAUAAAGAGAGAAAAGGAGUUGCUACAUCGAGAAAAUGAAGUAUUGAAAUUGAUCGUGGAGUCGGAGAAAAAACGUCAAACGGUUGAAAAGGCAGAAGAUGCAGAAAAGUACAUAGCAGAAGAAGAAUUGCCCACAACUAGUAAAGCCACAAAAAAUGAGAUGAAAGUGUCAUUCAAUAUCUUGAAGGAAAUGAUUCCAGAAUAUGAUGAUACAAUGCUUCCAGAAAUGUGGAUUGAACAAUUUAAAAAUAUUACCAAGGCGUACAAUGCGGAUGGAUGUACGAUUAAAACUUUAUUGAUGUGUAAAUUAAAGGGAAAAGCCCAAAUCUGGUUGCACUUAAAACCAAAUUUUGUGAAUGAAAGUGCAGAAAAUAUUCUGGAGCAUAUGAAGGAAAAUUUCUGUACUAAGGAGAACAAAUUAGCGAUGCGACGAAAAUUUGAAGCACGCAAAUGGAAAUAUGAGGAGCACUUUAUUGAUUAUUAUAACGAGAAGGUUAUGCUGUCCGGUAAAAUUGGCAUUGAGGAUGAUGAGCUCAUUGACCAAAUUAUUGAGGGUAUCCCUGAUUAUCAAUUGAGAAUACAAGCUAGUUUGCAAUGCUAUACGAGUAAGACGCAGCUCCUACAGGCUUUUUCAAAAAUCGAGCUGAAACAACCAAAACAAUUCCGUCGAAAGGGUGACCAGACAUAUGAAGAGAAGGAUAAUAAGUUUAGAUGCUACAAUUGCAAUUCGAUUGGGCAUUUUGCUGCAGAUUGUCAAAAGCCGAAGCGACAAAUGGGAGCUUGUUACGGAUGUAACAGUAUGGACCACCGUGUUGCUGACUGCCCCGAGAGAAAGAAAGCUGUACAACAUGUAGCUGAGGAUGAAUAUAAUGCUUAAUGGAUUCGGGUAGUGCGGUCAGUUUUGUCAGAAGGUCUAGUAUUAAGGAAUUUAUGAAUUUGGAUAAUCUUUUAUGUUCUCGUGGUAUUUUUUUUGGAAUAAAUGGAUCUAAA